AUGAGAAUUAGUUGGAUUCAAAAACUUGUUAAUAAAUGGCCUGGAAAAAGGGCUUUUGGGAUUUAUAGGUUUCUCCCUAUUUUUUUCUUACUUGGUGCUAGUUUGGAAUUUUCUAUGAUAAACUGGAAAGUCGGUGAAGUGAAUUUUUAUAAUACAUUCAAAAAACGCCAAGCUCGAGAUUUAAUUGAAGAAAAAAUUAAAAAAUAUUCAGUUUCAUAAAAUGCCAGCUGGAGUAACUUGGGGACAAUACAUAUCUUUUUCAAUAGCGGCCAUGCUAUCAAUGCUUGCAGGAUCUCAAGUAGUUCAUCUAUACUACAAGCCAUUACAGGAUCUUAAUGAGUAUAUAAACAGAGAACUAAAAAAUUUACCAGAUAACAUUCAAGUUCAAAUAAAGGAUGAUCUAAGUAAAGAUGGUAUUUUAAAAUGAAUGUUGGAUUGGAAACAAUAGUUUAGUGUUAAAAUAUUGAAGGAUUGUGAAAAAUGUAAGAAAUAAUAAUGUAAUAAUAAAUAAGUACAUAAAA